CGUGCUGGCAUCUCCGGCUUUGCCAGCCUUGCGUCCCUGCCUUCUCCUCUGGGCUGGCGCCCCCUCCUCCUGUGCGGCUUGCGCCCGCUCAUCCCCUCCUUUCCCCUCCCUUCUCAUCGCCUCCUUCCCAGGCUUACUCUCACCGGAGCCGGGAGGCUCCACGUCCAGCAGCUCCGGGUGAGGGCUGAAGCCGAGCUAAGAACUUAAGGACCGCAGGUCGGGUAGGUGCUGCAGGAGUUCGCCACCCGCGAGGAGGUCCGAAGCAGCAUGACCCGGAGAAGCGCCUUCCCUGCCUCUGCGCUGCGGCUCUGGAGCAUCCUCCCGUGCCUGCUGGUGCUGAGGGCGGAGGCCGGGCAGCCGCGGGAGGAGAGCCUAUACCUGUGGAUCGAUGCGCACCAGGCAAGAGUGCUCAUAGGAUUUGAAGAAGAUAUCCUGAUUGUUUCCGAGGGGAAAAUGGCCCCCUUUACACAUGAUUUCAGAAAAGCACAACAGAGAAUGCCAGCUAUUCCUGUCAAUAUCCAUUCCAUGAAUUUUACCUGGCAAGCUGCAGGGCAG